CUGUCCAAAAUUCAACGAAACAUGCCGAUACUUGUGCGCCCAGCGACUUCGCUACAAUAAAACAUAGUUUUCCGGCCGUGACGGCCUUUGGGUCUCCAUGUGGCGACGAUGGCGGUCGACCCUCUCUCACCCAUUGCGCCUGCGCGCAUACGGGCUCUCCUCCUGCCCGUCGGCCGUAUCAAGCGUUCACGUUUCCUAAACUUUGUCGAGUUUCUGCAGCCACAUUGCAUGGUGCGCCUUGGAGACAUCAGUCCCGAUCCUCGGCCAGAUAGGAAUAUGUUCUCACCCCUAGCAUUUCCCAACGGCACCCUUUUAUAUGACUUGUCGACGUCACUACCACCCCCAUCACACUUGUCACUGUCGCCCUUUGAGCAAUUUCGCGAUCCCCUCUUGAUCAUCGGCAUCGCCGACGCCUCAGAGUAUUCGUGGCUCCAUCGGUCACGUGCCGAUACAGAGACAGAACAGGAUACCGCGCAAUCGAAAAUCACCCUGCAAGACGACAAUGGAGACGAUCUUCCAUCCUCCGUGGACGAUCUGCGGGAACAGUUUCCGAGAGCCUAUUUACACAGCCUAAUGUUGUUUGACUGCGCAUCUCAGGAUCUACAUCCCCGAUUACCACAAGAAACAUUCCUUGUGCCCCCAGCACCACAAGUCAAGAUGACAACGAUGAAGACGCUGAUGUGUGACCUCACUUCGACAUUAUUAGCUGAGAUGACCACCUUGGCCAAAUCGAUCCAAGUCUUACCUACUAUUUCCUCCCCAGCUUCUCAAACUGGUAAUACCGACAACGUACCUAGCUGGGCUAACCCCGACCCUUCAUCGUCUCUGUUCUCCCGACGGAAUUCGCAAACCCCUGUAUUGAGUAGACCUGAAUCGCCCAUAUCGGCGAACCAGAAAGACCUGCACAGAAUGUCUAUGCCUGUGCUUCCAUCUACUUCUGGGGGCUCGCUGUCAACAGAAGAUCCUAGAGCGACUUCUCCCGUAACCCAAGGAGCUCGUACCCCUCCAACGACUUUCGAUGAGAUUUCGGGCCUUGACGCCGCUAAUACUCUGCAUCGAACAACGAGCAAUUCAUCAAAACCGAAGGGCACGGGAAGAGAUCGCAGCGCGGACCGAGUUUCCAUCCAUGGGUUCGGUUCUGGUGGUGCUGGUGAGCGGGCCCGAAACAAAGGACGCGGACGUGUAGGUGUGAUAAUAGGCACAUUAUACCUAUGCGCCGGACAAUGGCAGGAUGCUUUGAAGGAACUCACCGAGGCAGCCAGCCAAGCACGGACAUUCAGUGAUCACUUAUGGCAUGCGAAAGCUUUGGAAAAUAUUAUGGUUUGCCUUUUGCUAUUCGCAUGGUCAGGCAUGGACUUCCAGAUACCUCAAAUUUGUUAUCCAUCAUACGACAAAUCAUCAGGCACCAAAUCCCCCCAACAUACGCCUGCUGGCAGUAUAGCAGAUAUUACCUCUCCAACUUCAACAAGGAAUUCCACACACGAAGCCGCUCUUGAGAGCCUCAACACCCUGCUUCCCGACUUAGUGAAUAUGAUUCUAAAUAUCUAUACGCGAGCGUCCAAUUUUGCCGGAGAGUCUCUGCCACCGCUUGCGUUUUCGGAAUGCGUUAUACGUUUCUCCAAACUCCUAGCCGCCAUGAAUCUAUCCGCAGGAUAUUUGGACUAUGACGCUCUGCAGCACUUAGUUGAGAACAGUCCAUUCCGGCAGAAACCCCGGCUUUCUGUACCACGGCUUGCGGUCAACCCUACAAGGAGUGAUAUUGCUGCGAUGCUUUUCCGCGCGUUACCUGGCCCACCAGAAAGUUCUGGAAUGAGCCCUACGGAUAGAGUGGUAGUGUUGGCCGGCGUAGCAUCUGUGCUAUCCUCACUUGAGCUACAAAGAAAGAAGGCCGUUGUGAUGAAAGAAUUCAUCACGUCCCUGAUACCGGGCCUGGUGCAAGCUCGAAAGGUCGGCGCAGCAGAAAUGGGAGUGCAUCCUGCUGCAGGUCUUGCUGCCCUCAACAUGGCUGGCGGAAGCAAUUCUGGAGCAGGUGCUCUUCAUCUAGGAGAAGGGGAAAUCGAAAACGGCAUCGAUGAGUUUCUAGGCCUGCUGGGGCGUGUCUACGGGAUACCGGAUACAAGAGCUACCUUUAACUCACCUGUGCCUUCACUAUCGAAUGGCACAAGCGAUUAUGCGCCCGGUAAACAGAGCCAGGAUGCAGUGAAAGAGAUCUUACGGAUAGCUUCGCUCAGAUCGUUCGGAAGCCUUAGCCUGAAGCUGGACGUUCUACGCAUGUGUAUCAAUUUCUGUGAGGCCUUGCCGGACUUCAAUGGCGUUCUCCACUUCACCGCUUUGCUUCUGCGGAUAGCGGGUCCUGGAACAGCCCCCAGACCAAACAGCACUGAUGUCUUUGUGUCGUUACCGCGCGAGGAACAGGUGCGACUGUUCGCCAACAUAUCCCGCACCGUGGCCCAGGCGAACAAAUUGGGUCUCAAGCAUGUUGAGACUGAUUAUUGGGAUGACUUCUUGGUUCGCGGUCUGUUCAUAAUGGAACCACCGGUUCCCAUGCGUCUCACCCAUCACCGACCUGCAGAAUUGAAAGUCAUUCCUUCUAAGGAAGGACCCUUCAUCCAUAACCCCUGGAAUAAGAACCCGCAGGCCAAUGCUGUCGAGACUGUGCUCGUUGCCAAUGAGGAAUACAGGUUCAUCAUUGCUCUGCAAAAUCCUUACGACUUUGAGCUCGAAGUCGAUUCUCUGCGAAUAGCUGCCGAAGGCGCUGAGUUUGUUGCGCAUGAGGAAUUGUUCAUCUUGGGUCCGUAUCGAACACAGAAGUUUCCAAUCAGCGGUGUUGCUCGUGCAGAAGGAACUCUGAACAUCAUUGGAUGUUAUGUCAAGGUCACUGGAUGCCGGGAGCGAUUGUUUCCAAUAUUCCCCGAUCCUUGGAGGCCCGAAAGAGAACUAAAGAUGAAGAAAAUUGGGCUCAAAGCUUGCCUCGGGGCUCCAAUCUCGCGACCGACUUCAGCCGUUGGCACAGCAGCAGACGUGGGGAAAGCGUCCUCGCCAAAGCCGGAGACGUUGACUUUUAAUGUGAUUGCUGACCAGCCCGUGGUCGUCAUCACUGAUGUGUCUCUUCCGCAAGGAGCUGUCAUGGUGCUCGAAGGUGAGAGGAGGCGCUUCACCGUCACCGUCAAGAAUACUUCCAACACCACUGCCGUCGACUUCGUUCACAUUACGUUUCAAGACUCAGCGACGGCAGCCAUUCAAGCUGCUAUGUCGAAUCGCGACCUUCCAUCCGCCGAACUCCACGAACUGGAAGUUCAACUGGCCCAAUUUCCUUCACUGCGCUGGAUAAAGGACGAAGACGAGCAAGUCAUCUCUAUAAAGCCAGGCCAUGAGGCUCAAUUUGUAAUCGAAGUCGUCGGUCGAACACGCCUUACAGAUGCAAUCGUCCAGAUUGACUAUGCCAACCUGGGCAAACGACGCUCCGAGGUCCAAGAAAGAUUUUUCACUCGCCAGGUUUCUGUACCUAUAUCGAUCACGGUCAACGCUAGCGUUCAGCUACAGCGCCCUGACAUCAUACCGCUCUCUGGUGAUCUUGCUUGGUCCAGCCACGCGAAGGAGGUGACCCUGCCGAAGAACACGAACGAGAGUUAUUUCCAACAGUUCUUACACUAUAUGAAGUCGCAAGGAAGCAGCGACGAGUAUUGCAUGCUCUUAUUAGACUUACGUAAUUCCUGGCCCAACCCUUUGCACAUCGCACUCCAGGUUCGAGGACUUUCUGAUAGUAACGAGAGCGUCACGGAAUCAUGGGCUGGAGCUUAUACCGUUAACGAAGUCAUCCAACCAGGCCACAUCAACCGGAUCGUAGUCAUUCUUCCCAAGAUCUACCUCAAGGAGCCUUACGCACGAGUUCCGUCACUUAACCCUGCGAAUCAACGACAAUUUGUUGUUAGCGCGAGCAAGAUCUCACCUGAGAUGGAACGCGCAAACCGAGAAGCUUUUUGGUACCGUCAUGAGCUGCUGAAGCUUAUUCGGGGAACAUGGAAAGAAGAGGGCGGUGGAAAAGCAGGUGACAUUGAGCUCCGCACCUUGCGCUUUUCCCCACGAAUGGUAGAGGCCAUCAAGUUAAGCGACCUCAGAAUCGAAACAACGGUCGAAACGGACUACCCCUCCGGUGACGACGAUAAUAAGGUGCGACGCCUUGGUCACGCAAGGUUCGAAGUCUCCGUAGACGAUUUCUUGACUCUGAAGACCAAGGUCUACAAUCGAAGCCCUGCCCCGAUUACACCAUUUCUGCGAUUGCAGCCGCAUCUCGCUAACCUCCCACACAACAUCGCGCUCGACCUUGAUAAACGCUUCUCAUGGACUGGCGUCCUACAGCGCCGUCUGCCAACAAUUGAGCCGGGACAAUGGGUAGAAACAGAGCUCGGAAUUGUUGCCCUUACAAGCGGUGUGUAUGAGGUCGGUGCAACGGUCGAUGAGGUCAAGCUUCACCAGCCGGCUGGCGAGGUCAAAGGAAACAGGCCGCGAAGUGGGACGGCGACAAUCCAGGCUGAAAUCUUGGGUGAGCCGAAGCUGCGCUCGUGGCAUAUAAUGGAACCUUGUACAGUUGUAGCGAGAAGGCGGUGACAUGCCCAAGUAGAGGUAAGGCGGUAUCUCCAUUGGUAUAUAGUGAAAUGAAUGCAUGUCUACGAGCGAUGAAAUCCAAAGGCACUCAAUGGGUCAUUAUCUUUGGAGCUUAGAUCCACUCACGGAUACGCCUUCAAGUGUAGCAACACAAUCUUCUAUGGUAUAUAUUGUAGCCAGCGAUGAACUGGCAUUCAGCGAGCUCAGACGUGAAC